GAAGUUCUAACCGGAAGUCUUCACUUUGGUGAGCUGUGAAGUACAGUGUGAAUGGAGUAGCGGUGUCUAAAGCUGAAAGGUGACAGAACGGUCGACACCAGCUCAUUGUGUCGUGUAAUUGUGAUAUUAAGCGAAGAGUCUGACAGACACAUUUGUGACGAGCUUCGAAGAGAAGCGACUGAAUAAAGGCAUCGACUGUUGCGGCCUGUGCAGAUGGCGGCGGUGACUGUGAGCGGCAUCCACAAAAUGUACGGACUGUGUUCCCACGCUGUUCGUCAGACUGCAGGACUGAGGGCAGCGAGGCUGCUGCAGCAGCACAGAGCCUUCAGAGUCAGCGCGGUGCACCAACAGGAACCCUUUGACUCAUCACUGGAAAAGCCUCAGUUCCCUGGAGCAUCAGCUGAGUUUGUGGAUGAGCUUGAGUUCAUCCAGCCCAAUGUCAUCUCUGGGAUCCCAGUGUAUCGGGUGAUGGACAGGCAGGGAAAUAUCAUAAACCCCUCUCAAGACCCUCAGCUCUCUAAAGAAACGGUUCUGAACUUUUAUCAGAAGAUGACUAUGCUGAACACAAUGGACCGAAUUCUGUACGAGUCUCAGAGACAGGGUCGAAUCUCCUUCUACAUGACCAACUAUGGCGAGGAAGGGACACACAUUGGAAGUGCUGCUGCUCUUGACCAGAAUGACCUUGUCUUUGGUCAAUACAGAGAAGCUGGAGUGUUGAUGUACCGCGGGUUUCCCCUGGAUCUGUUCAUGGCUCAGUGUUACGCCAACGCCGAUGACUUGGGGAAGGGUCGACAGAUGCCCGUCCACUAUGGCUCCAAAGACCUGAACUUUGUCACCAUCUCGUCUCCCCUGGCCACUCAGAUUCCUCAGGCGGCUGGAGCUGCAUACGCAGUAAAGAGAGAAAACAUGAACCGUGCCGUGAUCUGUUAUUUUGGAGAGGGAGCGGCCAGUGAAGGGGACGCACACGCUGGCUUUAACUUCUCUGCCACCCUUGAGUGCCCGUUGAUAUUCUUCUGUCGUAACAACGGCUACGCCAUCUCCACCCCCACCAACGAACAGUACAGAGGAGACGGCAUUGCUGCUCGUGGUCCGGGUUACGGCAUGUUGUCCAUCCGCGUCGAUGGCAACGAUGUGUUCGCUGUGUACAACGCCACAAAGGAAGCUCGGCGCCGGGCUGUGGCAGAGAACCAGCCCUUCCUCAUAGAAGCAAUGACCUACAGAAUUGGCCACCACAGCACGAGCGACGACAGCUCGGCUUAUCGCUCGGUGGACGAGGUGAACUACUGGGACAAGCAGGACCACCCCAUCUCCAGGCUCAGGCAUUACAUGUCGACCCGCGGCUGGUGGAGCGAAGAUGACGAGAGGACCUGGAGGAAGCAGUCGCGCAAGAAGGUGAUGGAGGCGUUCGAGAGGGCCGAGAAGCGCCUGAAGCCGAAUCCGGAACUAAUGUUCACAGACGUGUACCAUGAGAUGACGCCCAGCCUGGACAAGCAGAGACAGGCCAUGUUUAAGCACGUGCAGCAGUACAAAGAGCACUACCCGCUGGACUUGUAUGAUAAAUAAUGGCCCUGACUAGGAAUUUUGGGGAAGGGUUGUUGUUGGUGUUUUGCUCUGUGGUGAAAUAAUUCAGAAAUGGUUUGGUGGUGAGACGAGAAAAAGAUGUUGCACACCUUUUGAAUAACGACUGUAAAGACGUUGUUUUGAUAGAAUCUGCCAUUUCUUUCUGCAGACCGUGCUUCCUGAAAAAUAUUGUACUUCAUACCUCUGGGUUUUGGUGCCUUCGGUUAUUAGAUUUCCUAUUUUCUAUGCAUUCUAAAAUCCACACGUGUUUCUGCUGCAGUGUGACUACAUUAUACAGAUAAAACUAACCACACAAGUCAAGCAAUAAGCGGUGGAGAUUCACAUGUGUUGUAUACGCUUCUCCCCCUGUACUGUUCUGCUUCAGUGUAUAUGGUGUUGACCAGGUUUCCUUGUGUAGCUCUGAGGUGACUGAUCUAACUUAACCUGUUUUAAUGGUUUCAAGCGCACAGAUUUUUGAUGGGUUUGUAUCAUGUUACGACACUAAAUCUCAGAACUGUACAGCCACCCAGCUCCUGUUACAUGUUUGGUGUUUGUAGAAAAUAAACUAUGGUAACCUAA